UCGCCGUGUGGUGUAGGUUGUGCGCAUGUGUGUUUGUUGAACGUGAGGUAGGAGCUGCUGGUUGAUUUUUCCCGGUUUUUCGGGCUGCGGCCUCUGUCUCUGGUUCCUGUCCUGGAGACCCUCAGAGGAGUCUACUCUAGAUCCCCUGGAGUGAGAGAGGUAGAACGGCGGCAGGAUGCCACCAGUGUCAGAGGUGGAGCCGAAGCCCAAGCUGGUGCAGGGGGGCUCUGGACAGCUCACUCGGGCAGACUGCUUAUGCCCCAUCUGUCUAGAGAUCUUCCUGGAGCCUGUCACUCUGCCAUGCGAGCAUACCUUUUGCAAACCUUGCUUUCUGGAAACGGUGGAUAAGGCCAACAUGUGCUGUCCGCUGUGCCGGAAGCGAGUGUCCACUUGGGCCAGGCUUAAUACUAGAAAAAAGACUCUGGUUAAUGUGGAGCUUUGGAAACGUAUCCAAAAGGCCUUCCCUGUACAGUGCCAGCGCAGAUUAAAUGGGGUUGAGGAGGAGCAGGAGGAGGAAGUUGACAUGUUGAUUCCAAAACCCAAGGUAAGUGAACCAGGCGAACUCAGACAAGAGUAUGAGGACCAAGUUAGCAAGCUUAUGGCAGAGAAGCAAGCCAUGGAGGAGGCAGAGAGGAGGGCAAGUGAGGAAUACAUCCAGCGGCUCCUGGCUGAAGAAGAGGAGCGAAUAGCUGAGGAGAGGAGGAUGCAGGAAAACAGGCAGCUGGAGGAGGAUGAGCAACUGGCUAGAUUGCUCAGUGAAGAGCUGAAUUCCACACCAGUUUUGGAAUCUCACACAAAUGUCAAACCUAAUGAUGCUACUUCAGCCAAGAAAAAGAAACCCAGUGUUGGACACAUUGAGAAGUUUCUGUGCCCAGUGCCUUUUCGACAGACAAGUGCUGAAACCAGUCCGACAUCCACCCUUUCUGCCAAUAAGGAAAACAUUUUAUCCUCACCGACAACACUGUGGCCUUGCCCUAAGAACCCUCCCUCCAGCAAUGAAAUGCCUGGUUUAGACUACUUUGGGAUGCCUUCUACCUCAAAAUUUGGUCAAGACAGUUCUGAACAGCUUUCAGCUAACAGAGUAAAUAUCUCCUCUAAGAGGAAGACUUUGGACACGGACCUGGCUGCUGAGGAUGCUUACUUUAAUAAGAGGCCUUGCGGCUCUGUACGGCCUGAACCAUCUCCAAAGGAGGAUAUUCUGCAGGAACUAGCCCUGCAGGAGGAAAUACUGCUGAGCCGCUGGCAGCAGGAAGAGGAGGACAGACGACUGGCUCAGCAGCUUCAGCGAGAGCUGGACCGGGAGAGCACUGUGGACCGCAGGAAGGGCUCUGCUGACGGUUAUCUACUGAGGGAGAAAACCAGUCCUUCUUCCACCAGCACAAGCCCAGGUGAGGAGAGGGGCAAUACCAGUGACUCUGUAAAAACUAAAGCAGGAAGUGUGAAGAAGUCAUCCAGAGCCCAUCAAGAGGGAAAAACUACAAAGAAAAGCCACGUCUGCACACAGUCGUCACCCUCCACACCCUCUAGUUCAGUUCAGAGGGGUGCAAAGCAGACCACCCUCACUGACAUGUUUCCUAACAUGGGCAGCUGACCUUAAAGUUUGUAUACUUCAAAAUUUCUAAACUUUAAAUCUGUUCAUUUUCAGUUAUUGCCUUUUCUUGUUUAACGACAGCAAAUGAUAGUAUAUAGAGAAUGAAAGAAAAGAUUGUGACAAACAGUCCUUUUACUGUUGUCUAGCAUAUUAGCAAUGAAAGGUUCCGGUUGCGUAUUUGGAGUGGUUAAAAGUGUUAAUUUCUGGAAGAAAAAAAAAAAAGAAAGCAAAUAAUAUUUUUUUAUGCAUGUUUCUAAUUUGUGGUAGACCUCGGAAGUUGUUUUAUGAAUAAAACUAUCAUCAAAAAGUUUCCUUUUUUAUUUUGUCACAUUAUGCUAUUGUUUUUUUUUUUAAACAUUUUUACAUCAUUUAAAUCUGGCGAUUGUUUGUUGGGUGAAGAAUUCAUGAUUCCACCAAUCAAAAUGUAGCAAAAUUUAAUUGACUUCUUUUUAAAGCUAAAAAGUGUGACCUUUUGUUUUGUGUUACAUUUAUCAGACAUGCUUGCAAGUGUUUUUAAAGGAUAUUGUGACCAGGUUAUGGUAGAUGUAAAGAAAUAUAUGCACGCCAUGUUCGCUCACAGAUUUGAUUUUGGACGCACAUUAGAAAAACAUCUAUUGUGACCAUCUAAGUUAAUUCAUACUGUCAUGAAGCAAUGCAUUAAAACAUGACAUUGUUUGCAUGAGUAUUGUUCGUAUUCCUAAAGUGCAUGUGUUUGCCAAUUUAUUUAUUUUUUGGAACUUUAGUUUUUAAUCUUGCAGAAAGAUGGUGCCCAUCAACACACAGUACACAGAUUUGGUGCCUCAUCAAAAGAUUACUGUAGUUUUCUAGUAUUUUAGCUAAAAACGUGUAACUUAACUUAAAUUGUUUACAUCAAAUAAAAAACACUAAUUGGAAA